UACUUCCACCUGAUUGGUUGUCUUUCCAGUCUAAUUGGUCGCUGCAGCGGAGGCAGGGUUUUUGAGCUGCUGAACAGGGAAGUGAAGAGCAGACGCUGUUUAAAUUCGAAAAACACUUGCUUGUGUUUCCGUUCUAAACUAAACAACACAUACAAGCUUCAGUUUGAUGCGUCCGGUUACUGCUGCUCCACUUCCGCCUUUAAACCGAGCGUCGGGUGACUAAGUCUGAAUCUGCUGCGCACAUGACAAACACACUAACCAUGGAGGAAAGGUUCCUGACAGUGGUGUUUCUGCUCAGCUGCCCGGCUCUGGCAGCUGCCCGGCGGCCUCACAUCGUGUUCAUCAUGGCCGAUGACUUCGGUUGGAACGAUGUCGGGUAUCACAGCUCGGAGGUCCUGACGCCAAACCUGGACCGCUUGUCGGCGGGAGGAGUCCGCCUGGAGAACUACUACGUGCAGCCUCUGUGCAGCCCGUCCCGGAACCAGCUCAUGACCGGGAGGUACCAGAUCCACACCGGCAUGCAGCACCAGAUCAUCUGGCCCUGUCAGCCGUACUGUGUGCCUCUGGAUGAGGAGCUGCUGCCCGAGCUGCUGAAGAAGGAGGGCUACGCCACGCACAUGGUCGGCAAGUGGCACCUGGGCAUGUACAAGAAGGAAUGCCUGCCCACCCGCCGCGGCUUUGACUCCUACUUUGGCUACCUGACCGGCGGCGAGGACUACUUCACACAUGAGCGCUGUUAUCCCAUCGCUGCUCUGAACAUCACUCGCUGUGCCUUGGACCUGAGGGACGGGGAAGAAGUCGCCACCGGAUACAAAGGAGUUUAUUCGACUGAGCUAUUCAGCCAGAGGGCUAUCAGCACCAUUGAGAAACACAACUCCACCCAGCCGCUCUUCCUCUAUGUGGCGCUGCAGGCAGUCCACUCUCCCAUGCAGGUGCCAGAGCGCUACCUGGCCCCUUACAGUUUUAUCAAAGACCGCAACCGCCAGCUCUACGCCGGCAUGGUGUCUGCCAUGGACGAGGCAGUGGGCAACAUCACCGCAGCUCUGCAGAAGGCAGGACUUUGGGACGACACGGUGCUUGUGUUCUCGACAGAUAAUGGAGGUCAGACUUUGUACGGCGGCAGCAAUUGGCCACUGCGUGGCAGGAAAUGGUCACUGUGGGAAGGUGGCGUCCGAGGAGUCGCAUUUGUCGCCAGUCCGCUACUGAACCACCCUGGAACCGUCAGCCACGAACUGAUCCACAUCUCCGAUUGGCUGCCUACAUUUGUAGGCCUAGCAGGAGCGAUCCCCAAAACCCCAAAGCCUCUUGAUGGAUUCGACGUGUGGCAGGCAAUCAGCAAUGGGUUGGCCUCACCCAGACUGGAGCUGCUGCACAACAUCGACCCUCUCUUUUAUGAUAUUGUUCCAUGUCCUACCAGCGAGCAUCGGUUAACUUUGGCCGAGGUGGCCGGAGGAGACUUGUGGGCCAAGUCCGGCUUCAAUGUGUCCAUUCACGCCGCCAUUCGAUCCUCAGGCUGGAAGCUGCUGACGGGCUACCCAGGUUGUAGCGUGUGGUUCCCGCGGCCCGGCCACAACAGCUCCGAGGCGAGCCCCUCCAGCCGGGAUCCACUGAAGCCCGUCAUGCUGUUCAACAUAGACAAGGAUCCAGAGGAGAGGGCCGAGGUGUCUGCUGACUUCCCCGCGGUGGUGGAUUAUCUCCUCUCUAGGCUCCACCAACACCAGAAGAGUGCCUUGCCGAUAAACUUCCCAGACGAUGACCCCAAAUGUGACCCGGGCCCCGACAGAGCCUGGGGACCAUGGGUUUAGGUGGAGAUGAACAUUGUGAAGGACGUCCAUCUUUGUUUUCUUCUGUGGAGAAAGACAUAGUUUUUAAGUAUGAUGAUUGAUUAUUUACAAUGAAGACCAAUCCAAAUUAUAUGCUGCAGAUUUUUAAAGGAGAAAAUAAGUUAUUCCUUAGCUUUGCAGAAUCUCAAUGUGACAUGUCAUCCAUCAAUUAAUUGACUGAUAGAGGCUGUCAGAGGUCAAAUUAAAGCGAUUGCGUAAACCGUGUUAGAGACACAUGUUGCUGAUUUGUAAAGAGCCUCUCCCUGCUGUUUCAGGUAUUUGCACUUGGUUUAUCUACUGUGGAGAAGCUGCAGGCUCCUUGUUUUUGUCAAACACAAAGCCCCACAGAAAUAGCAGGCAGUAUUUAACCUGAGAGAAACAUGUCACCAUCCAAACUGUGGGGCCUCUCCAGGGUAUUUUUCUAAGCUUUUUCUUUUAUGAUAGAAUGGAGAGUAGAUUUUGGCCACAUUUUGAAAUUUAAAGCUGCACUAAACCAGAGUUUUUGUCCUGAAAAUCUAUGAAGUGACUCCCAGUGAUGAACCCACAGAGAGAUGUCACUGCAUCCUGCACGAUCCCUCUGCUCUAGUCUACAACACUCUGGCCAUGUGACUUUAAUAUUGGCCCAAUCAUCAGCAUACUUUUGGACUAUGCAGCAAGAAGCUGUAUCAGCAGAAAAGCUCUGAUGGGUCCACUCUACUCUCCUCAGUACCAGGAAGCAAAAAGACAAAAGCUGCUUUCAGACCCUCGCUGAACACCCAAUGGUGGGUGAGAGCAGCAGGAGAACUUCCGCAGGAUUCACCACGAGCGAGUGGGCGUGUUGAUAUUUCUAAAGGGAAAUUGAAAAGAGCGAUGUUAACUCCAUCGUUCCAGAAGAAGCGACGCUCUGUUUAUCCAGGAACAUUAAUAUGAAUUCAGCAGGUAUUUAUAAAGAUCAGUUCAAAGUGGGUGUGAUUAGAGAGGAGCAGAGUCUCUUGUAGAUUGACGGUGAGUGAUUAACAUUUGAGGGAGAAGUUUGAAAUAAUCUUUAUUGAUUUGAAGUCAUAUCGCCCAGCGUCUCUGCCUGCUGCAACAACCCUCACCUGAACAUUCUGGAGAUUUGCUGUUGUGAACGGAUCUGGCCGGAGAAUCAAAAGACACUCCGGAGAAAGUCUGGACCCAAUUGUGCGAACAUCCUCUAGAGUUCAUGUCUGAAAAAGUUUGACACGUUGGUAACUAACUGCUAACAAGUCAGACUUUUUCCCCAGGAGUUGAUGGAGGCUUGUAACUGCAUUUGUUACUGCCACAUAUCGUUCCCCAUUCAAACCACAGGCGGAAAUAUAACUUUACACUUGUUUUACAACAGUAAGUUGUAUCUUUAAAAGAUAUCUUCAUGAUCUCAUAGAUGUCUGCUCUCUGCCCAAAAUGCUAAAAUAUUACUGCAAAAUGUCAUUAAGCUCUGCUCUUGUUCUUUACUGGGAAAAAUGCAACCUAAUCUGCUGUGGAUCUCCAAUCGAUUUAAAUUGUUUUUGUAGAUAUUUUGGGUGCCCCUGGUUCAAUAAGUAAAAUUGAAUGUCUCAGUUGGAGCACUUCUUCAGCUAAUUUUAUUUUAAAUAUUGGAUUUAAAUAAAAAUGUUAAACUCU